AUGAUAUCUGAUCAAGGUUCCAGCUUCAAGAAUCAACUGAUGCUUUCACUUUCACAAUUAAUAGGUUAUCAUCACAUUCUUUGUACUCCAUAUCAUCCUCAAUCUAAUGGACAAGUAGAACGUUUCAAUGAUACAUUCGUUACUCAAAUUGCUAAAUUAACUGAUCGUGAAUCAAGCAAUUGGGACGAAUAUUUAUAUCCAAUUAUAUUUGCAUAUAAUACUGGUAUUCAUUCAACAACAAAUAUUUCUCCAUUUGAACUUACAUUCGGUCGACCAGCAAAUCUUCCAACAGAUCAUCCACCACGAGCAUUUACAUUUUCAAAACCUAACGAUUAUUUUCAUCAAUUAGUCCGUAAUUUAAAACAUUAUCAUGCAGCAGUGAAAGAAAAUAUCUUACAUCAACAACAACGAUCCAAAAUUAGAUAUAAUUAUCAUCGUCAAAAUCCUGAAUAUUAUUUGGGUACAGCAGUUCUAACUCGAAUUUUUACUACAAGAUCAAAAUUAGAUCCAAAGUUUUCUGUUGAUCCAAAAGUUAUUAUUAAAGAAGCUCAUCCACUCUAUUGGGUUGAAGAUAUAGAAACUAAAACAAUAUCAAGAGUUCAUAUCAAUGAUAUAAAACCAUUAUUGAUUCAACAACAAUAA